UGACUUAACACUUUGUAAAGAUUCCAACAGAAGGGAAAAGGAAAGAAUCUGGCUACAGACAGUUCUGCCUACAGAAGGUCUAUGCACAAAUCAGAUUUGAAAAUCAUUGUGCUAAACCUCCAUGUUUUUCUAGCAUUGCUCCUUGCAGACACAGAAGCCCUCUCAGCUUGGUGAAAACCUAAAGGUGCCAACUAGAGGUGUGAACUCAAGGGGGUGGGGGGGGGGAAAGGUGCUGCAACCAGGAAGAGUUGACAGGUUGAGUUGCAGGAUGCCAGGCCAGGGGAUUCACACCUCUAGGAGGCUCCAGGGGGCGGGGCUACCUCCUAUAAAAGGAGAGCAUCCUUCUGCUCAGAAGCAUUGCCUUGACUGGAAGUGAAAUCUCUUCAUCUCAGCUGCUGCAGAAGAGAAGCAACUGGAGAGAGAGAAAUGGAUGCUGCUGUAGAAAUGCUGCAGAAAGUGCAGACUGAUGUCACCUGCAGCAUCUGUAGGAGCUACUUCUCUGAGCCAGUCACCCUCCAUUGUGGACACAGUUUUUGCAGAGAAUGUCUCUCCUCCUGCUGGAGGGUAGCAACCCGGGCUUUCUCUUGUCCUGAAUGCAGGCAAGUGCCCCAGAGCAGAGCAUUACCCCCAGUCAAUGAGCGCCUAGUACAGCUGACUGACCUGGUCAAAAGGUUCAGCUCCCAUGUUUUGCAAAGUACCAAGGGACAGAGCCAGUGUGCCCUUCACGGGAAAGUCUUCAAGCUCUUUUGCGAACAGGACCAGACGCCACUGUGUGUGAGAUGCUGUGAAACCCCAGAACAUGGGGCUCAUGGGAUCUCUCCUGUAGGAGAGGCUGCUCAUGAGUGCAGGAAACAGCUCCAGAGCAUGCAGAGUCAUUUGGGGAAACAUUAUGAAGAAGCUGAGAGCCUUCUAGCUCGGCAGAGCCCUGUGUAUUGGAGAAGGAUGAUCAUAGAAGAACACUGCAAACUUCACAACUUAUUGAUAGAGGAAGAACUCAGCUGUAUUGAAAGGAUAAGACAAGAGCAAAGGGCAAGGCAGGACAGACUAACCCAGCAUAGACAAACCCUUCAGAAGCUCAAGCUAGAACUGCAGAAAGCAGGCAACCAACCGGAUCUGGAUCUGCUACAGGACGCCAAGCAGUUGCUGGAAAGGAGUGAGUCAGAGCUGUCCCAAAGGGCCAUGACUAUCAUCCCAGAGCUGAAGGAGUAUCCUAUCCCUGGCCUGAUAGAGAUGCUCAAUCGAUUCAGAGUGAACCUCAUCAUGGAUCCCAGAUCAACUACUUCCUUUCUAAGUGUUUCUGAGGAUAUGAGGAGUGUGAAGGCUACAGAACGUUGGGAGGCACUCCAGAAUCUUGAAGACUCUGAUUGCCAUGCUGUUCUUGCUAAGCAGGCCUUCAACUCGGGCAGACACUACUGGGAGGUGGACGUGAGUCAGGUACCUCAGUGGAUACUGGGGAUCUACACCACCUGCUUGAAGAGAAAGAGGAGCAGAGACAUGGGCUCCAGGGACAAUGCUUUCAUGUUGAUAUGUACCAAGAAGGAAGGUGGUUACUAUUUCACAUCCCAUCCUGGAUCAUUAAACCAUCGGUUGAAAGGCCCUAUACCCAGGGUUGGGAUCUACCUAGAAUAUAGCCCUGGAAGUCUUGCUUUUUACAACGUUCUCCAGCGCUCCCUUAUUUAUAAGUUCGACCCCAUUUCUUUCACAGCACCGGUCAUACCCGUCUUUUUGAACGUUUCUCCAGGGAAGAAUUCUCAAACCACCCGGACUGGGGUGCUUCCGUUUCCAGCCUUCCUCCGAGAGAAGGAGGACCGCCUAUUUAUUCUCUCACCAAGAGGAGAUUUGCCCUGCACCUUCCUCUGGGACAAUCAGCAGCACCUGUCUCGUGAUGGAGUCGCCGUGUUCAUCAAUUGA